UCAUCGCUCCCCUUCUCGUGGGGCCGGAAGCGGGAUGUGAUGUAAAAAUCACAUUGAAACGUUUUUCUUCUGUGUGCAGACUUUCCGAUGCAUUGUAAGGUACCGAGAAAUAUUAACUUUUUGAUAAUGAUUCGACUAUUUUAAUUCAUCUUGCCAUUUGGAUACGAUCACAACGGACGUAUACAACUGUUGGAGGUCCUGUGAGAUCACGCAACAGAGAUGUAGUCUCUGUCCACAGCAGUCCAGAGACGCCCCCUGGCCACCAUGCUGCUGUUCCUGUUGCUGGUCUUCCGCGGUAACGCACAUGCCCAGAUAGACCCAGCACACUGCCGCUACCCGCUUGGCAUGGAGGAUGGACGGAUCAAGGAUGAUGACAUCACUGCCUCCAGCCAAUGGUAUGAUACCACUGGCCCCCAGUACGCCAGGAUGAAUCGUGAGGAAGGGGAUGGUGCUUGGUGUCCGGCUGGGCCCCUAGCGCCCUCAGAUGUCCAGUUCCUGCAGCUGGAUCUACAGCAGCUUACCUUCCUCACCAUCGUCGGCACCCAGGGCCGGCACGCUCGGGGUACAGGCAACGAAUUCGCCAGGAUGUAUCGCCUUGACUACAGCCGAGACGGCCUGGUCUGGAUGUCCUGGAAGAAUCGCCUUGGCAACAAGAUAAUAGACGCCAACGAUAAUGCGUAUGCCUCCGUCAUCAAAGACCUACACCCGCCCAUCAUCACCCGCUACCUCCGCCUCAUCCCUGUCACCAGAGUUUCCGCUACCAUCUGCAUGCGGGUCGAGCUGUAUGGCUGUCCCUGGCACGAUGGAUUAAUGUCCUACAACUCUCCUGAGGGACAGGUGAUGGCAUCACCUGGCUACCCUGUCACUUAUCUUAAUGACUCCACAUAUGAUGGCUACCAAAAGCGGCGGAUACUGUCUGAGGGCUUAGGUCAGCUGACAGACGGCAUCAUCGGGCAGGAUGACUUCUCCCUGACCCGGCAGUAUCACGUGUGGCCAGGGUAUGACUACGUGGGCUGGAGGAACGAGAGCCUUGGGCCCGGGUUCGUGGAGAUGGAGUUCGUUUUUGACAGGCCACGUAAUUUCACCUCCAUGAAGGUGCACUGCAACAACAUGUUCUCCCGGGGGGUGAAGAUCUUCUCGGCAGUGUCCUGCGUCUUCAAGCCGCGGCUGGUGGGCGACUGGGAGCUGCAGGCGGUGGAGUUCCGGACUGUGCUGGAUGACCGCAACCCCAGCGCUCGCUACGUGACCGUGCCGCUUGGCCGCCGGGCCGGAAGGGCCCUCCGCUGCCGCUUCUCCUUUGCUGACACCUGGAUGAUGUUCAGUGAGAUCUCCUUCCAAGCAGCAGACACAGUGAUCCCCACACGACUGCCACUGGAGACGACCAGCUCCGUCACCACGGUGGAGAGCUCCACCCCCACUCACAGGACAGUGACCACUCCCCCCAGCAAGGACUCCCCCGAAUAUGGGAACACCUCCAUCCUGAUUGGCUGCCUGGUGACUAUCAUCCUCCUGCUGCUGGUGAUCAUCUUCCUCAUCUUGUGGUGCCAGUAUGUCUGCAAGGUUCUAGAGAAGGCUCCCCGGCGCAUCCUGGAAGAGGAAGUCACGGUGCGCCUCUCUUCGAGCAGUGACACCAUCGUCUUGAACACACCCCCAGUGCCACCCCGGGUCUCUCAGAUGGACCCUCCCUAUGAGAGGGUCUUUCUGCUGGACCCCCAGUACCAGGACCCCUCGGUACUGAGAAGCAAGCUGCCCAAGUUGCCUCAGAGUGCUGAGGCCUCUGCCUGUGCUCUCAGUAACCCUCUCUAUGAAAUAUACCUGCCCUCUCAUGGUGCGAUGGACGCCCUCUCGCACGGUAAGAGUGGAAAGAAGGAGGUGGUAAGAAAGGUGAAGAAAUGUGGCCUGAAGGUGCCCCCUUUAAAACACCUCAUCCAUGCAAGACAGCUCCUCUCUCUUCCUCCUCAGUUUGGGUGUGGUGGGGGCUACGCUGAGCCCGACAUCACCCAGUGCACCCCGCACCAGAGCUUCCAGAGCGCGGUGCCUCACUACGCCGAGAUGGACAUCGUGAGCCUGCAGGGCGUCACGGGCAGCAACAUGUACGCCGUGCCGGCGCUCACCAUCGACUCGCUCACCCGCAAGGACAUCUCCGUGGCUGAGUUUCCACGGCAGCGGCUGCUCUUCCGGGAGAAGCUGGGCGAGGGCCAGUUUGGGGAGGUUCACCUGUGUGAGGCAGAGGGGCUCUCCGAGUUCCUGGGGGAGGGCGCCCCCCUGCUGGACCAGGAUGCGAGAUCGGUGCUUGUCGCUGUCAAGCAGCUCCGCCCGGACGCUACCAGCAAUGCCAGGCAUUUGUCCAUCCAUCCACCCAUUUUCCAAACCGCUUAUCCUACUGGGUCGCGGGGGGUCCGGAGCCUAUCCCAGAAGCAAGGGGCACAAGGCAGGGAACAACCCAGGAUGGGGGGCCAGCCCAUCGCAGGGCACACUCACACACCAUUCACUCUCACACGCACACCUAUGGGCAAUUUAGCGACUCCAAUUAGCCUCAGCAUGUUUUUGGACUGUGGGGGGAAACUGGAGUACCCGGAGGAAACCCCACGACAACAUGGGGAGAACAUGCAAACUCCGCACACAUGUGACCCAAGCAGAGACUCGAACCCGGGUCCCAGAGGUGUGAAGUAACAGUGCUAACCACUGCACCACCAUGCCGCCCCCAGGCAUUUGUCAUUCAUGUGAUUUUGGAUGCUUUUAAAUUCUGUCUCUUUGCACCCUGUUAGGUAAGUGUGUGAGUUUCACAUCAGCUGCAUUGGCCAAGUAUGUUCAUGCAUACAAGGAAUUUGUCUCCAGUUUGUCGUUGUAGAAAAGUAAAAAAAAAACUAUUAAAUACAGGAUGUACAGAAAUGACUUAAGCCAGAAGGAAACUGUAUGCAGUUGCAUAGUGUAAGAUGCUGGUUGCUAUAUAUACAGACGUGGACAAACCUGUUGGUGCCCUUCCACAAAAAACAAAUUCACACAAGUAUAUCUGAAAUAACUUGAAACUGACAAGUUUAAUGACAUCCCUUAUUAUCUAUUCCAGAUUUAACACA